AUGUAUUACAAAGGAAGUGUUCAAGAUACUGAAUUAAUUCCGAAGGUUCAAACUGCUUUUAGUGCUGAAAAUUCAUCUGGUUCAGUUAAUCAAAGUUCAAGUAGCAGUGGAUUUUCGUCAUACUCGAGUGUUAAUCCGAAGAGUUCAACCUCAAGUCAUCAGUUUCAAAACACAAACAGCAGUAAUGGUCAAGUUUUAAACUGCAACAUCGCAUUGCAUCUUCAGAAUGGUCAAAAUUUCUCUAAAGAGGUCAUUAAAGGUCACAUGUCAUUACAUGGUACAGUGUUAGAGUCAUAUGAAGAUAGAAUUAAGAAGCUACAGGAGAAGCAAGCAACAAAGAAUCAGAAAGAAGUAAAAUGCGAGAGUGUAGAUCAGGAAGAGAAGAAUGAAAAGAAUGAAGAAGUUAAUGUUGUUGAGAAGAUGGUUGAAGCUGAGAAGGUGGUUGAAGUGGAGAAGAUAACUGAAGUAGAAAAGAUUGUUGAGGUCAUCAAACCGUGUCUUAAAUGCUUGGAAUCUUGCAAGCAGUGUGAAGAAAAAGAUGAAAAGUUGAAUGAGUUUGACAAGAUGAAAGAAAAGUUAGUGUUUGAUCUCAAUUACGUGAAAGAAUCAUAUGAUGGUUCCGGUGUUAUCUUCGAUCCUCUUCAUAACAGUUGUUGUGAUUUGGAUAUUCAGAAAAAUACAGAGUUGGCCAAUUUUAGUGGUAUAUUGGAGUUUAUGGGUCGUAUUCCAAUCCAGAAAGCACUUACUGAUCAACGACCACUGUACAAAUCACACAUAGAAUGUUUCUGGAAGAAUGCAAGCUAUGAUGAUCAGAACAAAGUAAUUUCGUCAAUUGUCGAAGUGCAUGGCAAGAUGGAGAAAAUACUAGUUACCGAAGCGCUUAUUCGUGAAGUUGUUAACUUUCCAGAUGAGGCAGAGUCGCCAACGAGAUUUCCAGAAAGAAUGGUGAAAGGCUGUAUGUUAAGAAUGGGUUAUCAGGGAGCUUUGAAUGCUGGAAACUAUUUGAAGUCGAAGUUUCAGAAACCGUACAAGUUCCUUAUUCACUGUGUGUUGAUGUCAUUGAGCCAUACAAAAGGAAGUUAUGAUACGAUGCAUGACUAUCAAAUGAAUAUGGUUACUGCAUUAGUGUUGAACAAAAAGUAUAAUUUCUCACAUAUUGUAUUCCACUAUAUGGCUGAGAAUAUUAAGACAGACAGAAAGAGUUGGAUGUAUCCGAGGUUCGUGCAGAUGUUGAUUGAUCACGCUUAUCCUGAGAUUGACAGAAACAUAAAGAAUGACUUGUUGAUACAAUCACACAUGAGCAAUGAUUUGCUUAAACAGCUUGUGAGAUAUCACCCGAAUCACCAAGAACCAAAAGUUGUUGCUGAAUUCUUCGGUUUUAUAAAAGAUGCAAACUACGUUGAUCCUGAUCCAGUUGAUCAUCAGAAGUGGAGAAACGAAGCUGAAAUGAAAGAGGCGGCGUAUGUUGAAGAGCUGAAAAUUCUUGAAGAUUUCAAAAACACAAAGAAUGAAUGGUAUGUUAAAGAAACAGGGAGAAGACGCAGAAAGGCCACUCCUAUUGUUCAAAAGGUUGAUGGAUCUUCUUCACAACCAAAGAAGAAGCAAAAGAAAGCUGCGAAAACGUCUUUGAUUGAUGAACCUGAAGAAGAUGAAACAGUGGUAGCUGCGGAAGAAGAUCCGUUUAAUGUUGAAGAAUAUUUGUUGUUCGAUACUGAUGUCUUAGAGACAGGGCCAACUAUGGAAGUUGAAGCUGAGCAUGUUGUGAAUGUUGAAUCUCAGAAAGGGAAAGAUAAAGUUAUUGAUGACAUUGAGGGAUAUGAUGUUGAUAAAGAUACUACAAGCUCCUCGAGUUCUUCAGAAGAGGAAGUUGAUGAAACUGAACGUUUACGAAGGAUUCAGGAAGCUACAAAACAAGAAAAAUUGUUGAGAAAAAGAAAGAGACAGGAAAAGGACGAUGAUGAAGCUUAUGUUCCUUCUCUAGAACAUGUCUCUGAAUCACAAUCUCCUCCAGGAGAUUUUGAUUUUGCAAACACCUCACAAGUCAAAAAUGUUGAAAAGAAAGUUGAUGAAGUGAUUGCUGAAAACAAGAAAUUAGCUGCUGAAAACAAGAAAGUUGCAGAUCGUGAAAGAAUUCUUGAAAUGCGUGUGAAGAGGUUGGAGGGUGAUAACAAAGAGUUGUUGAAGAAGAUUGACUCUGAUCAAUCUGAGAUAGACAUCUUGAAGGUGAGAGUUGCUGAGCUUGAAGAAGAAAAAGCUCGACGAGAUGAACAAAAUGAAUACUUCAAGUUGAAGAACAAAGAACUAGAAGCGGCUAAGGCGUUCAGAGAUCAUGAAUUCUAUAUGCUGAAUAUAGUAGUUGAAAGUAUGCUUGGAACGUCUGUAGAACAAAAGUUUGAAGAGCUGCAAGUUGAAGAGCUCAGAGCAGAACGUCAAGCUAAAAUUGAUGAACAGAUGAAAGACAAAGGCAAAGGUGUUGGAAGUAGUUCUGCAGUGGCUGAGAGAUCGAUUGUUCCUUCUAUGGUCGUUGAAAAUCCUGAACCUAUCUCUGCAAUAUCUGGUCUUUUUGAGGAAGAUACUCCUCUUGAUGAGUUAAUCGGUGAUAGUGAUGAAGAAGAUGAUGAUGAGGAGGAUGACGAGGAAGAUGAAAAAGAUGAGAAAGUAUAUUCUGCGAGCAGUCAUAGUUCUGGUAAAGACGAUGAUGAUGACGAUGCUCAGGGUGGUACAGGGUUGAAAGUUACUGAGGCUUCCACUGAGAAGAAUGUAAACGAUUUGAUGAACGAUUCAGUGAACUAA